AUGGCACAUCUUUCGAGCAACGAUGAUGAAAUGACAUUCCAAAUCGCUGCACAAAACUUACCCCCAGAACUACUCCUCAUCGUACUACAGCAUUGGCUCGGCCAACAACGCAUCGUAAUCGAUGGCUCCGCGCAUGCUCACUACACACUAUCCUACACCAACCCCGAAAACAUCGAUCCUUUCGCCACCAUCUCCAGGACCAGCGAUGCCCCAUCAUCCAUUGUCCAAGAAUACUUUCGGUCUCGGAUCCGCUCCUGGCUGACCGACACCAAAGAGUUCUCCGACCCAACAACAUUCUACAUGAGCCAUCUCCUGAUGAGUCUAAAGAUGAAGGACCGCAUAGGCUGGUACUAUCUGCCCAACCAACCAUGGGAUGCCAUUUGCCAAGACCCGAAACUCUCCUUGUCGACAAGGUUUCCGGUAAUAAACGAUCGCGAUGCGCAAUACGCUCGUAUGAAGCAUCUCUCCUCGCUCCACGGACUAGAGAAGAUCAAACUCGACUUCACGGCUGAACAAUACUUCGCCAUGUUCGACGUCGCAGUACCACCCUUCCAUUACCGCGACGGUGCAGUCGCCGGCGACAACUUAUACCGCGACGAAUUCUGCCAUGGCGCCGGCCAUUUCCUUUUGCAUACGAAGGAACUUGAACUGCAUUUCGGCGACGCAUACAAGCAGGCAAACCCCUGGUACGACGUCCAAGAAGCUGCUUGGUGCGAGACAACCCCCGCAAAGAACUUCCCUGAAGCAAGACUACGCCCGCACGUCUGUGAUAGUGGCUUGGUCAUUGACUGGAUAUUGGAGUAUGCUUGGUACAAUGGGCAUCUUCAACACAUCAAGAGGAUUGCCCUGACUGGCGAUGUCCAGCUAUGGGUGAAGGAGAAGUGGUAUGAUAUCUUCGAGCGGCAUGCUGUGUACCUUGAGGAGUAUCCCGGACUGUGUUAUCGUAUUUUCGCUACGCAUGAGCCUGAUCCUAUUGAUUUGGAAACUAUUGGUAUAGACGACGAGGACGAGGAUGAUCAGGAUGAGGCUUCUGUCGAUCUGGCGCGCCUAGCCGCCGAUCAGCAGGAGACGAUCAGCCACGGCGCCCAGGUCCGCGGUGAUAUACACGAUCUGACCAGUUGA